CUCUCGCCUCUCAUUUUCUCUCGUUCAUAACCAAAAUGGUGAAGAGAAGCAAGAAGAGUAAGAGUAAGAGGGUUCCAUUGAAGAAGAAGUACAAAAUCCUGAAGAAAGUGAAAGAGCAUAACAAGAAGAAAACCAAAGAGGCUAAGAAGCUUCUUCAAAGUGGUAAGAAGAAGGUUGAGAAGGAUCCUGGUAUUCCCAAUGAUUGGCCUUUUAAGGAACAAGAGCUCAAAGCACUUGAAGCUCGUAGAGAAAAGGCUAUUCAGGAAUUGGAACAAAAGAAAGCAGAUCGAAAAGAAAGGGCUCGUAAAAGGAAGUUGGGCUUGUCGGAGGAUGAUGAUAACUCUAAAUCAGUUGAAACAGCUUCUCUAGAAAAUGUUGCCACUGCUGCGAAGACUAAAGAUAGUUCGGAUAGGGCCUUUUACAAGGAUUUGGUAAAGGUUAUCGAAGCCUCUGAUGUUAUACUUGAGGUCCUUGAUGCCAGAGAUCCCUUGGGUACUCGUUGUGUUGACAUAAAAAAGAUGGUGAUGAAAGCAGGACCUGAGAAACGACUUGUGUUGCUUUUGAAUAAAAUUGAUCUUGUUCCUCGAGAAUCUGUCGAGAAGUGGCUUAAGUACCUUCGAGAAGAAUUACCUACUGUCGCUUUCAAGUGCAGUACACAACAGCAACGAUCAAACCUAGGGUGUAAAUCUUCUAAAAAAGUCAAACCAAGUAAUACUUUGCAAUUGAGUGAUUGUCUCGGAGCGGAGACACUUCUCAAACUAUUGAAGAAUUAUUCAAGAAGUACGAGAUCAAGAAGUCAAUCACUUUUGGUUUGGUUGGACUUCCCAAUGUUGGUAAGAGUAGUCUUAUUAACAGUUUAA